AGGCUGCCAGGGGCUCAGCUGUACUCAGAUGGACGGGACGGAGACCCGACAGCGGAGGCCAGAGGAGCUGGGCCUGCUGCACGGCCUCAGCACAGGAAGACUCCCUGAAGCCUCGGAAGAUGGACUGCUGAGUGUCCCUGAGAGCCAAAGGGUGGCCCCUAAACCCCUGGGGCCUGAGCUCAGCAGGGAGACCACCUUGUCCAUUGGCCUCCAGGUGACAGUGCCCUUCCUGUUUGCAGGCCUGGGACUGUCUGGGGCAGGCAUCCUUUUGAACUAUUUCCAGCACUGGCCCGUGUUCACGGAGGUGAAGGACCUGCUGACCUUGGUGCCGCCCCUGGUGGGCCUGAAGGGCAACCUGGAGAUGACGCUGGCCUCACGCCUCUCCACCGCGGCCAACACUGGGCAGAUCGAUGACCCCCAGGAGCAGCACAGAGUCAUCAGCAGUAACCUCGCCCUCAUCCAGGUGCAGGCCACCGUCGUGGGGCUCCUGGCCGCCGUGGCAGCCCUGCUCCUGGGCGCGGCGUCGGGGCAGGAGCUGGACGUGGUGGAGGCGGAGGUGCUGUGCGCCAGCAGCGUCAUCACCGCCUUCCUGGCGGCCUGCGCCCUGGGGAUGCUGAUGGUCUGCAUAGUGAUCGGCGCCCGAAAGCUCGGGGUCAACCCGGACAACAUUGCGACGCCCAUCGCGGCCAGCCUGGGAGACCUCAUCACCUUGUCCCUCCUGGCGUUCGUCAGCAGCUUCUUCCACAAACACAGAGACAGUCGGUAUCUGAUGCCGCUGGUCUGCGUCAGCUUCACGGCCCUGACCCCCAUGUGCAUCCUCGUCGCCAAGCAGAACCCGCCCGUCGUGAAGAUCCUCAAGUUCGGGUGGUUCCCCAUCGUCCUGGCGAUGCUAGUCAGCAGUUUCGGGGGGCUCAUCUUGAACAAGACCAUCUCCAAGCAGCAGUUCCGAGGCAUGGCCAUAUUUGCCCCCAUCAUUUGUGGUGUUGGUGGCAACCUGGUGGCCAUUCAGACCAGCCGGAUCUCCACGUACCUACACCUGUGGAGCACGCCCGGGGUCCUGCCCCUCGGGAUGAAAAAAUGCUGGCCUAACCCCCGCUCCACAUUCUGCAGCUCAGGUUACAGUGUGAGAUGGAGGAGCCGAUCCUACCGCUGGGGACAGGCACGCUCCAGAAGAGCAGACGCACACGGGAUUCCAAGUCGUGCUGUGCUCGGAAGGGCCACGGAAAGGCUGACGGGAGGCAUCCCCCUCUGAGGACGAGCGGGGGCGGGGGGCUGGGGAGAGGCCCCGAGGGGCAGGCGCUGGUCCUGCAGGGCCCGAAGCUUGAGGAAGGACCACGGAGUCUGUUCUGAGAACCGGGGACCCAACGCGGUGUUGUGUCUUCUGUUAUUUUUCAAGUCCUACUCCUCUGCCCCCGCCUGGCUGGGAGGGAGGGGGCCUGGCUAUCCGCCCAACCUCCAGCCUCACCUCCUGGGCCAGGACGUGGGGGCUCGUGCCGAGUUGUCUUCCGUGGCUGCUGGCCCUUCAGGUUCUGACCCCCCAGCAUCUGGUCUGGGAUGCCAGGCAGCAGCUCAGGGACCUCACCUCGUGCUGCUCCCUGGGCUGCGGAGCCCUGGCCAGCCCGCCUCGUCCCUCCACCUUCCAGAAUCUUCUGUUCGUUUCAUACGACGUCCAGGGCUGCUGGAUGAGUGGUGAGAGGUACAAGAAGUGUGUCUGCCUCACCUUGUCUAAAGGGGGGGGGAGUCCCCGUAUAUUUUCUGACUUAUCUGUAUAUAGAAAGGCUCUUUACCCUCCACUGCAUGUAUUUCAGCGUGCACCUGUCUUAGAAUCACAGACUGGGAGCUUAUAAACAACACACAUUUCUCACAGCUCUGGAGGCUGGACAUCCAAGGUCAGGGCACCAGCACAUUGGGUGCCUGGUGAGGCCAGCCUCCUGGUCCACAGACAGGGAAGAAGGGGGCGAGGGAGCUCUUCGGGGGCCCUUCACUCAUGGGGACUCCACCCUAGUGAUCUGACCACCUCCUAACACCAUCAUUGCGGGUCAGGUCACAACUUAUGGAUUUGGGGGGAAAACAAACAUUCACUCUGCAGCACAUACUUCACUGAAUUCUCGCUGUUUAGUUUUUCCGUAGUUUUUCUUGAGUUUUAAUGCCAGCUGCCAAUAGUAAUUAUUUUGCUUUUGCCUUUGUAAGUUUUUUUAAAAAUCAUCUUUUUAAAAUAAUUAGCCCUCGUCUAAAUUUUCACCAUGAACAGAUUCUGGUGCUUUAGUGUGCAUCCUCACCUUCUCUCUGCAAGUUAUUUUACGGUAGACUCUGUAGUUACCUUUGUCCUCCUUUUCUUUCUUUAGCUGGUGAAACGCUUUAUGGUUAACUCAGAAGGAAACGGAGAUGGACUUCUCACUGCAGUUCCUCAUUUCUGCCUGAGAAGCUGUCGCAUCCCCACGGGUGGUUUCACGGCGGUUGUAAACUGUGAAACCCCAUUUCGCACAGCGUCUUAAACCCAUGAGCUCGGACGCUGAGGAGAGUGUGCUGACGGGCGUCCCCGGGCCCCGCGCGAGGGAGGGGCUGCCCACGCCGGAGCCUUCGGCCCCCCCGAAGCCCCGCACGUCCUCCUUCCUCCCCCCGGGGCCUCGGCGUCCCACUCCCCACCACGUCAGCCCGGUCAGCCUUCCGCCUAGUACCCGUCAGGUUUGAAAUGACUUUUGUUUCUGCUACUUGAUGCUGGUUUUUCUCUCUUCCCUACGACGUCAGCGCCCGAGGGAAUGACAGGCCUCGUCCCCGUCGCUAGACACGCUGCACACGCAGCUGCUCCGUGAGCACGGGCAGCAGGAAGAGGGGCCGUGGGCGCCUCACUGCCAGCAGCUCAUGCUGCCUCCCCUGCUCUGUUUCUUCCAGAAAUCAACUCCACGUCGGCCCGCGUCCUGCUCUUCCUGGUGGUUCCAGGCCACCUCAUCUUCUUCUCCAUCAUCUACCUGGUGGAAGGCCAGUC